CACCAAGCAGCCAACCCCGGCACCAAGCAGCCAACCCCGGCACCAACACCGACACAGACAGACACACAACACAACAACCCACAGACAUACAACAUCGACACAGCCACACAACACAACACACAACUCCGCCUCGCGGUCACGGUCCACCUCCCCUUUUUGUGAGGAUGACGGACGCGUUUCGCGAGUUCUUUGACCUCCAGAGCACGGAUGCUGCGCCGAGCAAGCCCGCGCUCUCACUCAGCUUUGAGCGCCGGCCACGCUCUGCGCUGGGCUUCCAGCAAGGAACAGCGUGGCGCCAGCCCCUCAUCAACGAGAACUCGGCCUUCAACACAUCCGCCUUCCAGGAGAGCUCGUGCACCAUCACCGAGGAUGUGCGCGAGGCCCUCACCGAUGACGAGGCCGGCAACGACGGUGAUGAUGAGCGGGACUCAGAGGAGGAGGAGGAGGAGGAGGACGGCCACUUGCGCGGCCACAGCGACACCAUGAGUGUCGGCCACCAAACCCGCAAGGGCAGCGAGGAAGACAUCAGUGGCGUGUUUUACGGCAGAGGCAGCAGCAACACCAUGUCACAGGCCCGCCGCCUGUCAACGGCACCCUCCCGAUGCUCCUCCGUUUCCGAGAACACAUCCGACCUCGUGCAGUAUGGCCUGAGCACAACCGCCUCGUCCGCCAUGCUCCGCUUCUUCGGCGGCGGCGCAACCGGCACCAGCAGCCAAGCCAGCCUGAGCCCGGGCUCAGACGACAUGUCCAACAGCCAGCCCGCAAACUUCAUGGCGCUCAUGAGGGGCGUGCACUCCACCAUGGCCACCGCCACGCCACUCACCACCGAUGAUGACGACAUGUACCACAUGGACGACUCUGCGUCCCUCCUCGCCAUCAAGACGUCGGCUGCCGGCCCCAGACAACUCCAACAGCCCCAGCAACCAACGGCCACAGCAGCAGCCACAGCCACAACUGCAGCAUCAGCGUUUGCACCACAAGCAUCAUCACCCACGCUGCAAGCGGACACUGGUAUUGGUGGCAGCAUUAGCAGUCGCGGUGCGCGAGUGCCUACACACAACUCCGCGGACGCCACUGCUGCCGCCGCUGAGGCGAGCACCCUGCCCACACCCGACGACGCUUCGUCUCGCGACCAGGCUGGCGCCACGCCACCGCCCCUGACCGACGACCAUGCUAGCACCCACGGUGAUGGCGACAACAAUCAACAGCUGAGCAGGACCGGUGUUGCUGUCGACAACAGCACAGCAGCAGUUGCACCCGCACCUGCACAUGCAUCAGAAGACGGCGAGCUGGUGACCAAGAAACCAAAGCAGCAACAGCAACAGCAGGAGGAACAACAGCAACAGCAGCAACAGAGGGAGCAGCCGUUUCGGCGCCCCCUGAAACUGACGCCGCUUGAAGUGCCGACGCUACCUGCGCCGUCAUCAUCCUCUUCAUCUGCUGCCCCUGCUCUGAAGCCAGCGCAGCCGCCCUCGCAACCUCAAGCCAUGCAGCAGCAACAAGAAGAAGAUGAGCAGCAGCAACAACAACAACAACAACAGCAACAACAGCAACCGCAGCAACCGCAGCAACCGCAGCAACAACAACAGCCACCCGCCGUUUCGCUGCUGACGUCCAGAACAUCGAAUCCUUCGUCGCGGGGGAGCGGAUCACGGCCUAGGUCUGGCGCAUCGACACCGCCUUCUGUCGGGUCCCGCACCCGCGGCCAGGGGCUCACGGCAUCCGCCCUGAAGCGCGCAGACAAGCAGCAGAAUGACAAGCGGAAGCAGCGGGCGAGGGCGGAGGGCGCAGCAGCGUGGAGCGGGUACGAGCUCGGUGUUGGUGUGCCGCAGGAUGGCGACGGCACGGGGUCCACACCCGACGACGCCAGCAGCAACCGCUCUGCAUCGGCCAGCAUCACGGGCGAUCGCCAGCACGCCGCGCCACUCUCUGUCGACAGCUCAAGCGCCCUGGGCGCAAACACGGGCAGCGGCGCAGACAUGAGCCUGGAGGACAUGUUGCACCGCCAUCACCACCAUCACCACCACAGCGGCAGUGCUGGCAGCGGCGGCGGCAGCAGCACGGGCAGCAGCGCGCGCAGACGGAAGCGCAAGCGCAUGAAGGACUUGCCGCCAGACCAACAGGAGCGGCUGCGGGAGAUGAACCGGCUCGCUGCGCAGAAGCACCGCGAGUCGGUGAAGACGCGCAAGGAAAUUGUGCGCAAGCUGGUGUCGCAGCAGGACGAGCGGCGUGAUGCGCUCAACCGCGAGAUGGCCACCCUCAACCGGGAGCUGCGCACCCUGUAUCGGCUCGUGUUUGAGCUGUACUACUCGGGCCGCCUCUUGCAGGGCUCACCAACGCUGCGGCUCAUGCACAUGCAACGAAUGCAACAACACCAACAGCCACAGCAACAGGCGUCCAUGCUGCCGCACCCGUUUUCUGGCAUGAUGGAUGCGCGCCACCACCAGCCCGCGCCGCCGUUUGGUGCGGGGCAACUGCAUUCGCCACAGGCGCCGCAGUCGUCGUCAUCAUCGUCAGCAACAGCAGCAGCCACACCGGCCAUGCUGUGGCAGCAGCAGCUGCUGCGCGGGUCGAUGCUGUCCGGCCUUCCGUUUGGUGCCCCGCCACCAUCAGCGUACGUGGCGGGCAGCAGCAGCAGCACUGGCAGCACUGGUGGUGGUGGUGGUGGUGCCAGCGGUGGUGGUGGUCACAACGCUGCAAGCAUGGGCAUGUGGCAGCAGCCACACGCACAACCACAACCACAACCACAACGGCAGCCACAGCACCAGCACCAGCACCAACAACAUGGCUUUGCUCAAACACACCCCACCAUGGACCCACAGCUUCAGUUACCUGUUUCGCAACAUCAGCUACAACAACCGCAACAGCAACCGCAACAACAACCGCAACAGCAACAACACCAAUCACAACAACACCAAUCACAGCAGCCCCGGACUGCGCAGCAGCAGAUGUUGCUUGAGCUUGGGUUGCCUCCCACCAUGCUGGAUGGUGCUGGGUUUGAACUCCCAGGCCACUCAAACUACCACAACAACAACAACAACAGCGGCAGCGGCAGCGGCAGCAGUAACGCCAACAGCCACGGGCAGUCGCAAUGACACCUGCGGCUGGAUGGAGUCGCUUCUGCUACCCUUGGUGGUGUUAGUAGUUUGCACCUACGGUGGUGGUGAUGAUUGCAGGUUCUGUUGAUUUGAGUGGAUCACAUUACCCUUGCCAUUCGCUUCACCUUUGUCUUUCCAUCUGCUGCGUCUUGUGUUGCACACAGAAAGGCGAUGCGAACGCCUUUGUACAUUUGGGGUUGCCUUGCCCCGUUCUCGUUGAUGUUGUUUAUUCGCUGCGCGCGUUUGCGCCUGCUUUGGCUGUGUACAUACAUACAUCCAUCCAUCCAUAUAUGCCUAUCUUGCGCCAUUAUUAGCAUUACUUUGAUUUUGUUAUGCUCGUUUAACUUAGACAACCACCCACCACGCCUCCACUCCACAACACAGUUGCGUUCUCUUUUGUUUUGUUUCUUUUCUUCACAUUGCAGACCCCACUUCAAGAAGCCAGCUUGUUGUGUCCAUAUCUGACCAUGGUGUGUUGCUCGGGUGGUGAAUGUGCACACUCGCUUCACGCGCCGUCAACACAGACGUCUAGCAGCUCAAUUGCAUGCAAUACACACGCUUG